UGAGACACUUGAAGGGCUUUUUUGUCAAACAAAAGAUUGUUUAAUACCUCUGCACUAUAUAUGUUUCGUGCCUUGCUGGCGAAAACACGUAUCAUUGCCGUUUGAUCGGUGUAGCCUUUCACCCUCGUAGCGAGCAUAUAAUCCCAUUUCUCACUCAUCGAAAAUCUGAAGCUGCAAGAUGGACCCUUCGAACGAACAACUCCUAGCCAGAAUCAAGGAGCUCGAGCAAGAGAACGAACAGCUCAAAGCACAGGCUACCUUACAAUCUAAAUCCACGUCCUCCUUUCCUAAAAUAGAUGACAACUUCUCCCUCGAUGAGUACAAGCGGUAUGGAAGACAGAUGAUAGUGCCGGACUUUGGUUCCUUACCCUCCCAGAUAAAACUCAAGAAUUCGAGCAUCUUGGUGGUCGGUGCCGGUGGGUUGGGAUGCCCUGCGUUGCUCUAUCUAUCCGCUGCUGGUAUCGGGAAGAUUGGUAUCAUCGAUGAUGAUCUCGUGGAUACCAGUAAUUUGCACAGACAAGUAUUGCAUACUACGGAAACUGUCGGAAUUCACAAGUGUGAAUCAGCAAGGAGGUAUAUCAACAAACUCAACCCUCAUGUUGUUGUGGAAACAUAUCAGUUUCGCCUCCAAAAUGACAAUGCAUUUGACAUCGUCAGCAAAUACGACUUGGUUCUCGACUGUACUGAUACGCCAGCUACAAGAUACUUGAUCAACGAUGUGUCAGUACUAUGUGGUAAAACCAUCGUCAGUGGAUCGGGCCUAAAGACAGAAGGCCAGUUAUCAAUCCUCAACUUCAACAAUAAAGGUCCUUGCUACAGAUGUUUCUACCCUAAGCCCCCUUCACCUGAAUCUGUCACAUCUUGUUCCGAUGGCGGUGUGAUUGGACCUGUUAUUGGUCUAUUGGGUAUCACCAUGGCUGUUGAAACUAUCAAAAUUUUGACCGGUUAUUACACUGAUGAAACAUUCAAGCCCUUUUUAUCCAUGUAUUCUGCAUACCCCCAGCAACAGCUCAGAGUCUUCAAAAUGAGAAAUAGAAAGCCCGACUGCGCUGUGUGUGGAAAUCUGCCCCAAAUUCUGAAGGAAACUAUUCUUGAAAACCAAAUAGAUUAUGCUGCAUUCUGUGGAACAGUGAAUUCUAAUGUGUUGAACCCAGAUGAAAGAAUUGAUGUCAAGAAAUACAGCGAACUCUUAAACAAAAACAAUAGCCAGGUACUAUUGGAUGUGAGACCCAAGGAACAAUUUGGGAUCACUAAACUAGCUAACUCGAUUAAUAUCCAGUGGGAUCCAAUUUUCAAGAAGGCAGAGAGCAUAGAUGAAUACUUGCCACAGAAUUUUGACAAAUCAAAGGACAGUGUUUACGUUGUUUGUCGUUAUGGAAAUGAUUCCCAAUUAGCCACAAGAAAAAUGAUAGAUGAACUAGGAUUUAAAAAUGUGAAAGACUUAAUCGGAGGGCUUAAUAAAUGGAGCGAAGUAGUUGACUCCACAGUACCGCAAUACUAAUCUGGUAUAACUUGUUUAUAGAUAUUUUACAAUAUAAUA